GCUCUCAAGGCAAAUGCUGCCCACACGUCGAAGGCGCAGCCCAAAUGGCCGCGACGGACCCGCGUCGACGACGCCGCGCUAGCGUGAGCAGUGCUGCCGUCGCCGGUGACUAGUUCGACCGGUAGUGCUGCCCCCAGCUGGCUGCUGUAAAUGCAGCGCGCGGUAUUCAUAGCCGCAGCGCUGGUGCAGGCGGGAGCAGCGGAGGACCCGUGGGCGGCGGACGCCCUCGGCCUCGUGGCGGGGGUGCCGGUCGUCGACUGGCGCGCGCCGCACCGGUUCGCCGCCGUCCGCGCGCACGAGGACGUGGCCGUGCGGUUCCGCGUGCGGAGCGCGGGGUCGCGGGCGGUGCUGCUGCAGGUCGACGGCCGGCGCGGCGCCGUGGUCUGCGAGAGCACGCCCUGCGACGGCCGGGCGACGCUCCAAGUGGUAGGGGGCGGCUGGCACGCGGCGGCGGUGUUGCUGGGGGAGCAGCACGAAGGCGGGUAUACGAACAUGACGGCCGCGGCGGCGCCGUUCUUCGUCAAUGAGCCCCUCGAGGCGCCGGCGCCAGCGGAGCUCCCCGAGCCGUGCUCCACCAGGAGGACCGUCGUCCGCGCGAUCGCGCACGACCGGCCCAUGCAAUUGCAGAACCUGCUGGAGAGCCUCGCGGCUGCGGAGUACGACGGAAAUAACAUCGAUCUGGAGGUCCACGUCGACGGCGCGGCGUCGCCAGCGAGUAUCAAGGGCCACGACGAAGCCGUAGAAGUCGCGCGCCGCUUCGCGUGGCCCCACGGUCGCUACGAUGUUGUUGAACGGCGGGGCAACGCGGGCCCGACGCGCCACCGCUUCGAGAGCUAUACGCCGCAGCACUGCGAGCUCGUCGCCUUCUUCGAGGACGACGUAAUCGUGGCGCGGCUCUGGCACCGCUGGCUCCGCGCGGCCGACCGCACGGCCGGCGCCGACGUCGCCGGGUUUACCUUCCAGCGCCACUGGCUCGCGCCGGGGGCGUACCUGCGCGAGGCCCGGAGCGGGCCGCACGAAUCAAAAGUCAUCGGUCCCUUCGCGCACGCCUGGCGGUCGGAACACUGGGAGCAGUUCCUGGACUGGUUCGAGCGGAGUCCGUCGGCCGAGGUCCCGGGCCACUCCUUCAGCAACGCCUGGCUCGGGAAGCCGGACUUCGAACACAGCCUCUGGACGGCCUUCGUCGACCGCUGGGCCUGGGAGUAUGGAAGAUGGUUCGCGUCGCCGCCGACGCCGGACGGGUCGGCGCUGGCGCACAACGACGCGGGGCCCGGCCUGCACUACAAGUCGGCGAAGGGGUGGGAUUCGGCGCCGUUCCCGGAACGCUGGGCGCCGCGGCUGCGGGCCGUGGUCGCGCCGCCGCGGCUCGACGCCGCCGGCGAGGCGCCGCUGCGACCGCCGUGGGCGGCGGCGCUGCGGAGUCUCCAUCCCUGGGACGUGGUGGGAAUUCGCGGUCAGUCUGCGAGAUUGCUGGAGGCGUGCGCGACGGCGCCGGACGUCGUCGUCGACGACGUCGCGGGCGCGGGCGCGGCCAUCGCAGUUAUGACGUCGGCGCCGUGCCGCGUCGAAGGGUCCGCGAACGCCCCGACGCGACUCGUGCUGGGUACGCCGAAGAGUCCCGCGCUCGCCGCGGUUCUGCGGGACGCGGCGGCGGAAGGCUACGUCCUCGCGGCGAGCGACGCGCGCGGCGCCGAGGCGGCCUACGUCCUGCGGCCCCGCGACGCGGCGAACCCGCCCUCCGUCCUCGCGCGCCACCACGACGCGGACGGCGGCGUCGAGGAGCGCGUCUUGCUGGAGCGCUACGGCGUCGUCCAGGAUCUGCGGACGGCUGCGUAA